AUGUUCGGUAACAACAAGCACCUGAUCUGUAACAACAAGUACCGGAUAUGUAACAACAAGUACUUGUUGGGUGACAAUAAACACCUGAUCUGUAACAACAAUCAUCUCAUCUCUAACAACAAGCACCUGAUCUGUAACAACAAGUACCUGUUGGGUAACAACAAGUACCUGACCUGUAACAACAAGUACCUGUUCGGUCAUAACAAGUACCUGAUCUGUAACAACAAGUACAUGUUUGGUAACAACAAGCACCUGUUCGGUAACAACAAUCACCUCUUUGGUAACAACAAGCACCUGGUCUGUAACAACAAGCACCUGAUCGGUAACAACAAGUACCUGUUGGGUAACAACAAGCACCUGAUCUGUAACAACAAGCACCUGAUCUCGGGUAACAACAAGUACCUGACCUGUAACAACAAGUACCUGUUCGGUCAUAACAAGUACCUGAUCUGUAACAACAAGGACCUGAUGCGUAACAACAACCACCUGAUCUGUAACAACAAGCACCUGUUUUGUAUCAACAAGUACCUGAUCUGUAACAACAAGCACCUGUUGGGUAAAAACAAGCACCUGAUCUGUAACAACAAGUACCUGUUGGGUAACAACAAGUACCUGACCUGUAACAACAAGUACCUGUUUGGUAACAACAAGCACAUGUUCGGUAACAACAAUCGCCUGUUUGGUACCAACAAGCACCUGGUCUGUAACAACAAGCACCUGAUCGGUAACAACAAGUACCUGUUAGGUGACAACAAGCACCUGAUCGGUAACACCAAGCACCUGUUGGGUAACAACAAGCACCUGAUCUGUAAAAACAAGCACCUAUUGGGUAACAACAAGUACCUUAUCUGUAACAAAAAGCACCUGUUGAGUAACAACAAGCACCGGAUAUGUUACAACAGGUACCUGUUGGGUAACAACAAGCACCUGCUCGGUAACAACAAGAACCUGUUGGGUAACAACAAGCACCUAAUCUGUAACAACAAGUACCUGUUCUGUAACAACAAGUACUUGUUGGGUAACAACAAGUACCUUAUCUGUAACAACAAGCACGUGAUCGGUAACAAUAAGCACCUGUUGGGUAACAACAAGUACCUGUUCUGUUACAACAAGUACCUGUUGGAAACAACAAGCAACUGUUCGGUACCUGUUUUGGGUAACAACAAGCAUCUGUUCAGUUACAACAAGGACCUGUUCGGUAACAAGAAGCACCUGGUCGGUGACAAAAAGCACCUGUUGGGUAACAAUAAGCACGUGAUCGGUAACAACAAGCACCAGUUCGUUGACAAUAAGCACGUGAUCGGUAACAAUAAGCACCUGUUGGGUAACAACAAGCACCUGAUCCGUAAAAACAGGCACGUGAUCGGUAAAAACAAGCACAUGCUGGGUAACAACAAGCACCUGUUCGGUAAAAACAAGUACCUGUGUUGUAACAACAAGAACCUGUUUGGUAACAACAAGCACCUGGUCGGUAACAACAAGCACCUUUUCGUUAACAACAAGCACGUGAUCGGUAACAACAAGCACAUGCUGGGUAACAACAACCACCUGUUCUGUAACAACAAGCGCCUGUUCUGUAACAACAAGCACCUGUUCGGUAACAACAAGAACCUGUGUUGUAACAACAAGUACAUGUGUUGUAACAACAAGUACCUGAUCGGUAACAACAAGCACCUGAUCGGUAAUAACAAGCACCUGUUCGGUUACAACAAGUACCUGUUUUGGUACCUGUUCGGUAACAACAAGUACCUGUUGGGUAACAACAAGCACCUGUUGGGUAACAACAAGCACCUGAUCUGUAACAACAAGCACCUGAUCUGUAACAACAAGCACCUGAUCUGUUACAACAAGCACCAGUUGGGUAAUAACAAGCACCUGAUCUGUAACAACAAGCACCUGAUAUGUAACAACAAGUACCUGUUGGGUAACAACAAGCACGUGAUAUGUAACAACAAGUACUUGUUUGGUAACAACAAGCACCUGAUCUGUAACAACAAGCACCUGAUCUGUAUCAACAAGCACUUGAUCGGUAACAACAAGCACCUGAUCUGUAACAACAAGCACCUGAUCUGUAACAACAAGUACAAGUGUUAUAACAACAAGCACCUGAUCGGUAACAACAAGUACCUGAUUUGUAACAACAAGCAGAUGUUGGGUAACAGCAAGCACCGGAUCUAUAACAACAAGUAUAUAUACGGUAACAACAAGCACCUGUUGGGUAACAACAAGUACCUGUUCUUUAACAACAAGUACCUGUUGGGUAGCAACAAGUACCUGAUCUGUAACAACAAGCACAUGUUGGGUAACAACAAGCACCUGAUCUGUAACAACAAGCACCUGAUCUGUAACAACACGCACCUGAUCUAUAACAACAAGCACAUGUUGGAUAACAACAAGCACCUGAUCUGUAACAACAAGUACCUGAUCUGUAACAACAAGGACCUGAUCUGUAACAACACGCACCUGAUCUAUAACAACAAGCACCUGAUCUGUAACAACACGCACCUGAUCUAUAACAGCGAGCACCUGUUGGGUAACAACAGGCACCUGAUCAGUAACAACAAGUACCUGGUCUGUAACAACAAACACCUGUUCAGUAACAACAAGCACCUGAUCUGUAACAACAAGGACCUGAUGUGUAACAACAACCACCUGAUCUGUAACAACAAGCACCUGAUCUGUAACAACAAGCACCUGAUCUAUAACAACAAGCACAUGCUGGGUAACAACAAGCACCUGUUCAGUAACAACAAGCACCUGAUAUGUAACAACAACCACCUGAUCUGUAACAACAAGCACAUGCUGGGUAACAACAAGCACCUGUUCAGUAACAACAAGCACCUGUUGG